GAUAUUCUAGUCGCUGCUUAGUCGACAGCAAUAUGGCGUGCGCUAACCUCGCCAAUAGUCACCAACGAGAACAGAACAAUCGCUUGCACGUCAGGGUGCUUCAGAACAACGUGGACGCCGUAAAGAAGUUGUUGCAAAAUGGAGCCGACGCAUCGCUGACGACCAGCACAGGUGACACUUUACUGCAAAUCGCGGCUUCACAAAAGAACCACCAACUCGUCCAAACUCUGCUGAAGUAUUCUAGUCGCGAGAGUGUGAAAAAAUUCAUCAACGCCAAGAAUGUGGAAGACGAGAAUAGUGCACUUCACAUCGCUGCAAGUAGUGGGUGUACCGAAAGUGUAAGACACCUGCUCUCUUACGGCGCAAAUUUUGAGAUAAUUAAUAAGAACGGCAAACAACCUAUCGACCUGGCCACAAAAGAAGCAGUUAAAACUCUUCUCAUGGGCGCGAAAGAAGAUUCGCAAUUGGCUGCCGAAGGAAAGUGGGAGAUGAUUCAGGCGAGACUCCGUCAUUACUCGAAUGAAAACUUGUAUGCAAUGGCUUGCACGCGUAACAACGACGGCAUGACGGCCCUGCAAAUGGCUGUGAUCAAAAAUCACUGCAAUACCGUGCACAAAAUGAUCGAACUGAGAGUGGAUCGCCUAAAUCUAUUUGUCCACGGCUCUUCCGCGAUUAGAGACGAAGAAGCUUCAGUCAACGAGUUUGUCGAACAUGCGAACUUUAUUUACGAGCAUAGGGCUUGGUUUACAAUGAAAUGGGAAGAAGUAAAUACGAUAAACAACGAAGAGAUGGCCAAAAAAAUUGCUCUAGUGUUGUUGGCUGCUCACAGCGUCGUUAAAAUCGCCGAAAGAGAGUUCAAGCCAAAAAACGGCGAGCCGUACGAGCAGCCGAGCUUCCUUGCUGCCGUUGAGGAGACGCUCGAGGUACUGCAGUUCCAACCGGAACACAUAACGUGCAAUGCUAGGCAAGUCACUUCGUUUUGUGGGCAUGAAGCUAGGUAUUACAAAAUGUUACUCGCGACAGCCGACGAGAACAAGCAUUACGACGACUCUGAACGCCAGAAGAAAAUCAUGUCUUACAUGUUAAUCCUUCAAAUAGUAACCAUUCGUGCAGUCGCCGUGUUCUUGUACGAGAUGUUCACGGCGAAACUGAGCAUCGCGGCAAGAAUAGGUGACUUCCGAGUUUGCGAGAUGUGCAUUGAUCAGCCGUUUAUUGAUCCAGAUAUCGUCGAUAUCAAUCUUCGCACCCCUUUACAUUACGCAGCCGAAAAAGGCAAGACGAACUUGGUGAAAAAGUUAAUCAUGAAGGGAGCGAAUAUCACUUACCGGAGCAAUACGAACUUGGAGACGGCUCUGCAUCUGGCUGCCAGGAAUGGUCACGUUGAAAGCGUCAGAUUGUUGCUGCAGUACAUCGAAGACCCGUUGGAAUUAAGAACAUUCAUCGACAUGAAGACCAGCGACAAGAGUUGGACUGCCAUUCAUUUCGCCGCUAAAACUGGACGAUUGGACGUACUCAAGUGCCUUCUCGAGUAUGGCGCCGCAUUCGACCUGCAAGACAGACAUGGAAGAACGCCCUGGGGCUUGUCUAACGACAUAUCGGUCACCGAAUUCCUCGAGAGAAUCAUUGAAUUCUAUUUUAUGAGCAGAAAUGGUGACGUUGACUUGUUUAACAAACUGCGCGCUCUGCAGAAGGACGAGAUAUUGGCCUGUGUCAAAGCGCGUACCUCCAAUGGGCACACCAUGAAAGUUGCCGCAAAGUCGAGAGGUCAUCAGGAUAUCGUUUUGGAGUUAUCAAAGAUUACAGCAGAAGUUACUCCAGCUGCUGUCCCACCUAGACCCAUGGUUCAUGAUAUGAAUUAUGAUUGGGGGACUGAUGAUAUAUAUCACCGGCUGAUGCAAACGCUGAAUAGAUUUGAUACGUAAACUGUUGUUCAGUUGAUGAUGGCUCAUUUGUUAAAAAAAAUGCAUGAAAUGGAACAUUGAUUUUAACUUUAAAAGAAUUCAUGUAAAUUUUUUCUUAUUUUAUUUGUUAUAGUAUUCAUAUCUUGAUAAAUAUAAUUUUAUUACAAAACGAAA